AUGGCUCAUCCUUGUUCAAACAAGGCCUUAGGUUGCUACCUCUUGUUUUCCCUUUUUGUAUCUUCUCUCUCAACUUUUUCUUAUGCUCAUUUUGGAGUAGGAGGUAUUCCUUUAGAUCCAACAGAACCUACAACUUUCCCAGAAAUUAGUGAUGUUCCAGCACCUGCACCAGCACCAGAAGUUGGCGAUGUUCCAGCACCUGCACCAGCACCAGAAAUUGACGAUGUUCCAUUUAGCAAUACUUGUCCAAAUGAAAGGCUCAAGAAAGCCCAUGUUGCUCUUCAAGCAUGGAAAGAGGCUAUUUACUCUGACCCUUUGAACAUAACUGGUAAUUGGGUUGGUGAAGAUGUUUGCUCCUACAAUGGUGUGUUUUGUGCUCCUGCCCCUCACGACCCCACAUUGGAUGUAGUUGCUGGCAUUGAUCUUAACAAUGGGGACAUUGCUGGGCGCCUCCCAGAAGAGUUACUUCAUUUGGAAGAUAUUGCACUUUUCCACAUUAACUCCAAUAGGUUCUGUGGAAUCGUUCCAAAGAUCUUAGAGAAUUUCACACAUAUGCAUGAAUUUGAUAUAAGUAACAACCGUUUUGUUGGUGGUUUUCCUUCUGUGGUCCUCAAAUGGCCAAACCUGAAGUACUUGGAUAUCAGAUUCAAUGACUUUGAAGGUCAAUUACCUCCAGAGCUAUUUGAGAAGGAUCUUGAUGCAAUAUUUUUGAACAACAACCGUUUCACAUCCAUGAUCCCAGAGACUCUAGGAAAAUCCAAGGCCUCGGUUGUAACCUUUGCUAACAACAAGUUCACAGGCUGCAUUCCGAAGUCAAUAGGAAAGAUGGAGAACUUGAAUGAGGUUGUGUUCAUGGGAAAUGGCCUUGGAGGUUGCUUCCCUCAAGAGUUUGGACUGUUAGAAAAUGUGACUGUUUUGGAUGUUAGCAACAAUGGGUUUACAGGGACUUUGCCUAACCUAUCAGGACUGAAGAAUGUGGAAGUCAUUGACAUUGCCCACAACAAGCUGAGGGGCUAUGUGUCAAAUACCAUUUGCCAACUUCCCUCGUUGAAAAACUUCACAUUCUCUCACAACUACUUCAAUGGGGAAGCUCAAGCUUGUGUGUCUUCUUCCAAAUCAUUGGUUGCUGUGGAUGACUCAAAAAAUUGUUUAUCAGGAAGGAGGAAUCAAAAGACAGCGAAGGAAUGCUUGGCAGUGAUAACUCGCCCUGUGGACUGUAGCAAGCAAUGUGAUGGAGGCAGUGGUAAUGACAAUGAGAAAAGGCAUGUCCCCUCCACACCAAAGCCAACUCCAUCACCUACACCAAAGGCUAAGCCACCAACACACCCACCUCGAGUUCGUUGUCCUCCACCUCCACCUGUCCACUCACCACCACCUCUACCUGUCCACUCACCACCACCUCCAGUCCACUCUCCUCCUCCUCCAGUCCACUCUCCACCACCACCACCAGUUCACUCCCCUCCACCUCCCGUCCACUCUCCUCCCCCACCAGUCCACUCCCCACCUCCACCUGUCCACUCUCCACCACCACCACCAGUUCACUCUCCUCCACCUCCCCCUGUCCACUCUCCACCACCACCUCCCCCAGUUCAUUCACCCCCACCACCAGUCCACUCUCCUCCUCCACCAGUCCACUCUCCACCACCCCCAGUUUACUCUCCACCUCCUCCAGUCCAUUCUCCACCACCCCCAGUUUACUCACCGCCUCCUCCAGUUAAUUCUCCACCACCACCACCUCCACCUGUUCACUCUCCACCACCACCUGUUUACUCUCCACCUCCACCAGUCUACUCUCCUCCUCCACCACCACCAGUCCACUCUCCUCCUCCACCUCCACCAGUCUACUCUCCUCCUCCUCCACCACCACCAGUCCACUCUCCUCCUCCACCACCACCCGUUUACUCUCCACCACCGCCACCAGUUCAUUCUCCACCUCCACCAGUUCACUCACCUCCUCCCCCAGUCCAUUCCCCACCCCCACCACCCGUUUACUCUCCACCACCGCCACCAGUUCAUUCUCCACCUCCACCAGUUCACUCACCUCCUCCCCCCGUCCAUUCCCCAUCACCACCAACAUGGGAUGAUGUUUUCCUCCCACCACAGUUUGGAUCUGAGUAUAGGUCACCUCCUCCACCAAUAAUUUCUGGAUACUAA